GGGGCUGAGCUCUGUUGCCUGGAGCUGGAGGUAAAGAGCGUGAGGUACAACCAGGACUGCAGUCUACGUGGAUCAAAAUCAUCCCAACGGAGAUGUUUGGAAUCCCCAUCAGCCAGGACUCUCGCUCGAAAAGAACGAGAAGGGAAGAUGGCUCCUCCAGAGCUGUGCUGAGAAACCAACACCACAACAUCUCCUCGGUGAGUGCUGACCCAGCCUGGUUUGUGGGGAAGAUCAGAAACGCUGGCUGAUGGCCAGGCAAAACUCCACUUACACAGAAUUCCCACAGACUUGUCUUCAGAUUGUUCUCUCCUGUGGUUUUCUUUGGCUGUUACUUUAAAAAUGCAUGUGUGCUCUGACUCGCAGCGUAUCCGGCUGCAUUAGCUCUGCAUUACUUCUCCUGAGGUCCACGUUUAGAUGGUAGAAACCACCUCCUGACUCAAUAAGAAGCAAAAGCAGCUCAGGGCAGAAGGCUUUCGAGGAGGGAACCCUGAGGGCUUGGGCAAGAGGCACCUUCGCAGCCUCGCUGCUCUUUUGUGUGAGGCUGAUCGAACGUUUCAUGUGUGUGGUUUAGUUUGAAAAAAAGCCCAACCCUCCAAUGCAAUCUGUGCUCUAAUUUGAGGACACCAUUUAGUGAUUUUAAUUGUGUGACAGUAUUUCGGUAUUUUCAAUACCCAGUAGUAGGUUAAUGACUGUUCCUUGAAAAACGGAGUUUAUAUAACACAAGUCAUUACAUAAGGAGGCUGAUUGUGGCCUGAGGAGCAGAAGGAAAACAAAUAUGCAAGGAUGCAAAAUGUAGAACAAGCAAACUUCACUUGGAUGGCCCUGAGAAGCCGAAAAUAAUAAUUGAUAGUUGGGUUCCAGCAAGGUGAAACUCACCUUGGAGAAGGCUUGGAGGAGAAAGCAUUGCACGACACAACUUGACGGCCAUCAAGCUACGUUCUACCACGCAUUUCCCACGUGGUGCCUGGAAUCUCUCCCGUUUGUCCAGGUUGUGUGGUUGGUAUUAAAGACAACAACGUGCAAGCAAAAAGUUAUUGGCUGCCCACUUUAUUUACUUUUAUUAAGCUCUUCAACAUGGCCUGAGUUUGGAAAGGGGAAAAAAAAACAUGGGAGAAGCUGGAGCGUGACCUUUGCCUUGGACCUUACAUCUCUGGUUUGAUAGGAUGAAGUGGUAUGGGGGUCAUUUCUGUCGCAGGAGUGAGAGCUGCAUCCCUCCAGGUUUCUUAGGGAGACAAGUCCAGGGGAGACUCUUGGCAGAGGGUGGGAAUCGCUGUUGCCAGGAUGCUCCAAGAAGAGCUGGACACCUACAGCCUUCCUUGGGGGAGUCUUCUUGGAGGACCCCAACUCCAAGUGGGAAACAGAGGACAAAGAGGGGUGCGGGGGGCGAUGAAGCUGGAACGCUGGGGACCCCACACCCGCUAAGGGCUCGGAGGGCUUCCCACCCCAUCCCAUGGGAUGCGUGGAGGAUGAUGCCGACCCCGGGCGGGAGGAAGGGCGGGGUGAGGCUGCCGUAUGGGACUCAAAAAUGCGGCCAAACGGCGCUGCUGGGGUUUCGCUCGGGAAAAAGCUGUGCGGCUGCGAGGCGGGAGAAGCAGCCCCGCAAGGGCAGGACAGCAGCAGAGCCACCGCCACCACCACCACCACCACCGCUCGCCAUGAGCCGCGCUGGGAGCAGCGCCCUCCCCACGUAGAGUUGACCAGAUGCCUUGGUUAUGGGCUCUUACAGGCAAUAGCUUGCUUGAUGGACAUGAAUGCGUUGUUGGACAGAUUUCACAAUUACAUCUUACCGCAUCUGAGAGGGGAAGACCGAGUUUGUCACUGCAACUGUGGAAGGCAUCAUGUCCAUUACGUUAUUCCGUACGACGGGGAUCAGUCGGUGGUGGACUCCUCGGAGAAUUACUUUGUGACUGACAAUGUAACCAAGCAAGAGAUUGAUCUGAUGCUGGGACUUUUGCUGGGCUUUUGUAUAAGCUGGUUUCUGGUGUGGAUGGACGGGGUUCUCCAUUAUGCAGUGCGAGCCUGGAGAACGAGCCGACGGUAUGACAAUUCCUGGUCUUGGAUUCCAAAGUUUUGUAACUUGAAGGAGUUCAGAAAACGUCACCACAGGCAGUACGAAGAGGCGACUGGGAACAUGGUGCACAUCAAACAGAAGCUGUACCAUAACGGGCACCCCAGCCCCCGGCACCUCUGAGGAACGCCUUCCUCUCCAGAGACUGCAGUGAGGUUUUAAAAAGGACUUUGCUCUUCUUCCAAGGGAACAGCGAGUUGUUUGCUCCUCUGUGGAAGCCAGCCGAGGACACAAUUUUACUUAUCCAUCCCGUGUGUCCCCGUGGCACACCACGAUGCACAACUAAGCCAGUCCUGGAUGCUACGCAGCCAAGACAUUGCACUGUGUUCCACGUAUUAUUGUCAGACUUGUGUAUAUAUGUAAAAAGCAGACAAACAAACAAACAGAAAAAAGAGAAAAGAGACUUGCAUUAUACUUUCAAACCCCUUUUUCCUGGCAUUCACGGCUGUCCUGCACAUCCAGCUACCCGACGGGGAAUGUUGGCCAAGGGUAUGGAGGUGGGACAACAUGAAGAAGACGCAGUUUCUCAUCCAAGAGCUCGAGUCCCCCGUUUCUUUGGUUUUUCGGCUUGGUUUUGCUUUGCUCUGUCCCUUCUGUUGCUGGAAUGGCUUGGCUGGUCACAGGUUUGGACGGGGACUGCUGCCAGCCGGUUGUGAAGGCACAGUGUCCCUUUUGCUUUGGUUCAUGGUUUUAGGGAGUUGCCGUGGGGGAAGGAAUUCCUCGUAAUAUGGAACUGAUUUGUUCUUUGCGUCGCUAUACAAUGAAACCUGCCUUAAGCAAUCCAAGAAGUCCUAGUGCCAGGGAACAGCGCUGUGAGGUAUCGGUCUGUUUAACAGGGAUGGUGCCGCCUGGUUUACACCACUUCCAUCUUGGUGGUCCCUUGCUGCUGUCGGUGCUGUUGUUCUUCACUGAUGCUAGAGAAUCGCUCCUGAUAGGCGAGGAGAAGUGUAUCGUGUGGAAUGGUGUUGGACUUGUGCCCUGAUCAGACCCCUCUGCUGCAUAAUCCCCCCCCCACCCCUCGCCUGGGAGGAAGGGAGCUGCUCUCCCCCUCUUCGUAGAGGGUGAGGCUGAGGCUCUGGUUGAUGCCAUCCUGGAAAACCUGAUGGUGCAGUGAGAGGGUCCUGUUAACAAUCUCACUCUUUCUGCCCCUGAACAGUCACUUAUGCUCUUGUGUUACUGCUCUGAACUGGAACAGCACAUCAGCAGCAGGCUGGGCUUGGCUUGGGGAACACCGAGAGACGUGAGCCUGAAGCCAAACUCAGCUACAGAGUCAAAUGUCCCAGUGAUGGGUUAAAUCAAAGUAUGAGGAUACUCCAGCUUGGUUUUGCCUUUGCUUCUCCUGGUUGCAGCUUAGGUGUGGGUUUCAAGGUAGCCAUCAAGUGUCUGAAACCAAUGUCUGCAUCCUUCACUCCUAGUUGCCUGAAGGAGCGUUGCUUGAUAAAGCCCUCGUGCUCCUGGAGUGCAGGGGGAUGCGAGUCCUGCGGUAGUCGUGUUCUGCUGGGGAGAGAAGCAAUUGUGCCCAGCCUGCAUCGCUUUUGCACAUGCGGAGCAGCAGCCGGCUGUAGUCCUGCUGGCUGCGUGGGAAGAGGAAGGUUUUUAUCACUAGAAAUAAGGGAGGGAGAUGCUAGCCCCAAGAAUUCAAGGUGGUAGCCCUAAAUCCCAGUCAUUUUGCCCUUUCCCCCUUCAUUUUGUAUUGAGAGGGCUUGUGGUUAAAUGGGGAAAACACCCAGAACAAAAGGAUGAUGAACACUCUCAGAAACUGCUGUUUUCUUCUACGGAUGGUGGUGCCGACAGUGGCCUCCUCUUGUCUGAAUGCGAUGCCUGGGAAGGGAGAAGGACACCACGACUCCCUGCUCUUUUUCUUGCUGCUCCAGCUUCUGUGUCUUGGGUUUUGGUUUUUUUCCCCAUGGUUUCCUAUGCCCUGCAAUCAGUUUGAUUAUUUACAAGCCCCAAAGCCGGCCGAGAGCCAAACCAACGCGCUCUCUGCCAUUCCUCCCUUUGCUGUUCUCCAGUGCCUCUCGUCUUGAAGCCCCAGUUUCUGUCUGGGUAUAAAAGCCCGGUCUAUACUUACGUCUGUCCGCUUGACUGUCUGUCAUUCUGGACUCCCCAUGGCCACAAUGUCUGCAGCUGCCCUUUAGUAGCUAAAGAACGACUUUUCCUUGGGCAGCAACAUUCCAAGCCCCACGGCUUUGCAGCCUCCCUCACUGGAGGAGCUUCGUGCGUUUGACCAUAUGGGCUCGUCCUCAAGCGGCACAAGAUACUGCUCACUUCAAUGGAGCGUUACUCCUCGAGAUCUGGCCAAACAGCUGUUCUCUUUGCCUUUGUGCGAUGCACACGCUUAACUGACAGUGAAGAAUAAGCGCUGGAUUAUAAAACAGGUCCAUUGCACGGAUAAGUCUUCAGGUGGGCCAACGUCUUGCAGGGGAGAAAGUUCCAUUGUGGUGCAGACAGAUACUGAGUCUCUGGAACCAGUUGUGGGGGACAGGGGGGGCAAAAAGCACUUUAAAUAAUCUUUCCACUUGGUGCCUCUCAUAAGAGAGACUUAAGGCAGUGACUCAAGCUCAGACCGAGCUGGGAGUCUGGUUCUGCCCCGUGCCGGCAUCCGCCCUGAGCUGAGAUACCAUUAAAUAGGAAACGUACAGCUGGUGAGAGCGAAGGGAUGGCUCACACUGACUAAGUCUGAUCCACACCAGAAUUCCAGAAGGAUAUGAAGCUCUCGAAGAAGGUAAAAGAAAAAAUAUCCUACCUGGCCCACAUUCCCAUUGUUUAAGAUGAGAUAUCUUUUUUUUUCCUUUAAGCUGCUGUGGCUGAGCUGUUGCCAUGCAAGCCUCCCUCUUGUUUGUCAAAGAAGAAAACAAAAGAUACUCUCAGUGCAAUUGAAUUUACUGGGAGUAAUUAACUGGUGUUUUAAUUAAUUAAAAGGAAACAAGAAACACCCUCAUAGAGCAAGGUUUGUCCCAGCACGCACUAAACCAAUGGGAAUAAUCUUGGGGAGCUGCUUCAGCCCUUGGUUCCCAUCCUUAGUAACGAAGGGGCGAAGUUCCUUCCUUCCCACGCGGUGAGGGCAGCUCCAGCUCCUCUCCAGCAGCUCUGUGCGCGGGUGAUUCCAAACAGCUUGACCGAGACACGAGGUCAGAUUCCCGGUGCGAGGUGCCUUUGGUUUCCGAGUGGUGGAAGCUCCUGUAGGUUUGACCCCAGGGAGUGGAGAUGAGGAGGUGUGGGGAUGGGACCUCUUCGCGCACCAGGGCUGCCGUGGUGGGAGCUCCCUGCGCUGGGGUCCUCUGGGCCAUUUCACCCGCGGCGUUGCGCAGAAAAUGAGUGGUUUUUUCCCCACAGCUGAGUGUCUGCCUUAUCUCCUCUUUGGGCAACAAGACACCAAAGCCCUACAGAAGGUGAUACAGGCAGCUGUGUUUGGAGUAUUGCAAACCCUGGUCCCAGCGUUUUAUUGCCCGCUCUCUCUCUGCUUGACAUCCGCACUCUUGUCCCUAUCCCACCCCCUCGAUUCUGCUCGAGGUGUGAGCCCUACCAGCACUGUCUGACUUCGUGGUCUCUUGUUCCUCUGUCCAAGUGAGGUUGCUACCGUUGCUCGCAGCUCAGUUGUCUGUAAAGUCUGCCGUUGCACUGUCGUCUUCUCCCGUGCAUGUGUUCGUUCUGCUUUCGUCUGGUCGUGGGGGUGUUUUCUCCUUGUUUAAUUGUCUGAGAUAUACUAGUGUUGACUUGUUCGUUGUCCUCUUGCCUCUGAUCCAGUCUUCACGCACCAAAAAAAAAACCAAACCAACCAACCAACCAAAAAAAAAACCCCCACGGAUUGAAACAAAACCCAAACCCAGCAACAACCCCAAAGGAAAAAAAGGGAUCGGUUGGGGGAAAGGGACUUUGGCAGCAGGGAGUUGACACAACAAGGUCAGGGCUAGGCCAGGAUGCUGGAAGGAACCUUUGGAAGAGCAAAACCACAGGUUUGCGAGGCUCACAGCUGGCAGCUGCGUCUGUAGUGGCAGCUCCGUGGGGACAAAGGAGUGGGAGGUGCGCACCGUGUCCUCGCGCUCAUCGCCAGAUGCUUUGAGGGAGGCUUCUGCAGAAUUAGACAGUGGGGGGAAUCUUGUGCCACCUCAGGAGGGGCUAUUUUUAGAGCUUAAAACUGUAUGUGCUGAUUCUCCAGGGCUGGGAUUGGCACUGGAAACACUCCCCUGCAGGGAGUGCGGGGCAGGGGACAGCUUAUCUGCCGGGCAGGGACACGGGACCGCUGGUUCUGCCCUGGGGUGGAGUGAAGGUGAGGCACCUCUUAGGCUCAGUGGUGCCCAGGAGAGCACGGAGAAGGAAGCAAACUUAAGGGGGUGGGAAACACCCAUGCCAGGCUUGCAACCUCCAUGGGGCAAAAGAGGAGGAACCAGGGGGGUAGAAAAUGUGGGCAGGUGUAAGGAGGAGCUCUGCAGCGACUCUGGGCUGCUGUGUCCUUCCUCAGCUCUCAGGACACCGUUCCAGUCGUGUGUGUGUGUGUGUCUGUGUGUUUCUAUCCGUGUGCGUGUCACCACCUGCUCACUGCAUGGAGCCCAUUCCUCUCCUCCAGUUCCCCCCCGUUCGUUUGCACCCGUUUCUUCUCCAAGGGGGUUGCUGGGUUUUGUCACCUCUUCAAGCUGAGCUCUGGGAUUUCCCCGGAGGGGCUCAAUCCUGCACCCUCCGCUCUCCAUGACAAAGGCAGUGGAAACUCUUGCAGGACGGAGCACACAGGUUAGGGAGAGAGAUUUAUUUCAAUACAAGAUCACAACUUGGAGUGCUGUUUUCCGUGAUGGUUAAUCCUUCUUUUGUUUUGUUUUUUUUUUCCUGCGCUCAAACCAGUUUUGCACACAUCAGACAGGGAGAGGUACAACAGAUACGAACAGAGAGAGAGAUUAGGCUCUGCUCCGAGUCUAAUCACGGAGUAAUCUCUACUGUGGUUGAAAAGCAAUAAUGGCUAAUUUAUUUCUAUUAAAUACACUUGCACGGGCAAACGUCACCUCCGGUUUAUGUUCUCCGUGCUGGGAGUCGUGACAAUGCUGUGCCGGAGCGAAGGGGAGCAGCCGAAGGCCGCCGAGAGCUCGGGGGUGGGAGACAAUAGAAAAAAAAGCACACUGUGAUUUUAUUUGGGUCAACGAGUGAGUGUAUUUCAGCCAUUCCUUCCCUUUCAAGAACAUGUUUAUAUCAUAGAUAUCCAGUUCAGCUCCUGAAACUAAGC